UACAACCAAUUCAGUUCACUGUGAGAGUCUGCGAGAGAGUAGAGAGAGAAACAAACCAAUAUAGAGAGAGAAACAAGGGAGACAUACAUAUAUAUAUAUAUAUACACACACAAUGUUGUACCAGUACAAUAUACUGUGAUUGCUUGUAUUGAACGAAAGAGGGCCACUCUUCAAAAAUGGAUUACGAGAGGAUCGAAAAGAGGACUCAACAGAAAAUUGGAGGGUUGUCUCCUGGGAAAUUGAGGACUAUGCUAUUGGGAGUAGAGAAGAGGAGGAAAGAAGAAGAAGAAGAAGAGCAGCUGGAUUCCACUUUCUCAUUGAGAUCUCAAGUUUCUGAGACCGAUCACUCUGGUGCUAGCUAUCCUGAGAAUUGCAAAGAUGUAGAUGUUGUGAGUGUACUCCGGGAAUGCUCCACUUCUGCAACAAUUGAUUCGUGUACGGAGAUGGUUACCGACCGUAGACUGAAAGAUCAGUCUUUCAUCAAUUCAAGAAUUAGGUCUCAAGAUGAAAGUUCUUUAGAUUAUGAUAGUGGGCAUGAUGGCACGAGUGUAUCGUCGUCGUUAUUCGAGUUUCAGAAAGCAGAACGAGGCCCGCAAAGAGUGCCACUUGCACCUUUCUCGAAGCCAGCACCAUCGAAAUGGGACGAUGCCCAAAAGUGGAUAGCAAGCCCAACAUCUAACCGGCCAAAAGCUGGGCAGUCUCAGGGCCAGGGUGGGCAAGGGGUUGGAUCGCGGAAAAUUAGUAAUUUUGGUUUUGGAAACAGACAACCGUCAACAAAGGUUCUUGUUGAAGUUCCAGAUCAAAGAUUGGUUGCUUUUGAAGAGCCAGAUACUAAGACAAUUGAUUUAAGCCAAGCUAAGGAGAAAAAUGGGGGUAAGAAGUUUGUUAGUUGGAAGACUGAUCCGUGCCCGGUUGCUGAUCUGUGUGGAAACGAGGAACUCAUAAUUGAGAAGUGUGUUGGAGAAUCAGCAAUUAACCUGAGCUGCCAUGAUUCAUCUGUAUCUAUCCAUAGCGCAACAACAUUCAUUCCACCACCUUCAACAGCUAGGUCAGUAUCAAUGAGAGAUAUGGGUACUGAAAUGACUCCUAUUGCUAGCCAAGAACCUUCCAGGACCGGAACUCCAGUGAGGUCAACCACGCCAAUGCGCAGUCCAACUUCUUCUAGACCAUCAACUCCUGGAAGAGCUGCACCAGAUUCAUAUCCCACUGGUCCUUCAAAUGACCAUUUGGAUUUGAACAAAAAUGAUUUGUCUGAAAAGGAAUUGCAGAUAAAAACUAGGAGAGAGAUAAUGGUUCUUGGAACUCAGCUGGGUAAGAUGAAUAUUGCUGCCUGGGCUAGCAAAGAAGAUGAGGACAAGGAUGCAUCAACUUCGCUGAAAACUGUAAGAGUGGAACCAACUAAAAGUGUAACUGAGAAGCGUGCGGCAGCUUGGGAGCAGACAGAGAAAGACAAGUAUAUGGCCCGGUUCAAAUGUGAGGAGAUCAAGAUAGAGGCAUGGGAAAAUCAUCAAAAAGCAAAGACAGAAGCUGAGAUGAGGAAAAUUGAGGUAGAGGUGGAGAGGAUUAGGGGGCGAGCGCAUGAUAGGCUGAUGAACAAACUAGCAGCUGUAAGGCACAAGGCUGAAGAGAAGCGAGUGGCAGCGGAGGCCAAAAGAAACCAGCAAGCCGCAAAAACAGAGCAGCAGGCAGAGUAUAUUCGCCGAACCGGGCGUAUACCUUCCUUAUUUUCAUGUUGUGGUUGGCGGCGCUCUUGAAACUUGAAUCACUUUUUGGCAGAGCUUUGUAUGCUGGUCAAGCCUCCUGUAAUGUGUCAUAUAGAUCAUUUUUAGUAUUUGUUUCAUCUUGUAUUCUCUAUUCUUAAUUGUUUGAAAACUUAAGUGGUCACCAUGCGAUGGGCACACCUACCCAACUUAUCCUUCUAUGAUUGUAAUCGAGAGUUGGAAAGCUGUUAUUGUAGAAGUGGAGCAACAAGGUGACCAAAAGCUCUUAUACAUAUAGUUUUUGCAUGGAAUGAACUUUUAGUGCAAUAUUACAAUUUAGUUUUUGAAUAUUGAAUCAUGAAAAUAA